CCGCCGGCUGAGAGACAGCUCGCUCAUCUGCCGUUAGCUUGGGUCAACAAUUUGAUUUAGUUAAUCGAUCAUUUACACGUUUUGAAGAACCGUUAUUGUAAUCCAGUGUGGUUUAUUGUUCUCGGCUUUGCUCCUCGCUGAAUAUGGCGGAUCCCAAAUACGCAAACUUGCCAGGAAUUGCCUUUAAUGAGCCGGAUGUGUACGAGACCGGCGACCUUCCAGAAGAUGACCAGGCGCAGUUUGAGUCGGAGGAGCUCUGCAGUGACAGCGUGGAGAGGAUUGUGGUCAACCCCAACGCAGCCUUCGACAAGUUCAAAGACAAGCAUGUCAACACCAAGGGGCUUGACUUCUCAGACCGAAUCAGUAGAAGCCGAAGAGUGGGCUAUGAGUCAGGAGAAUAUGAAAUUCUUGGAGAGGGCUCUGGCGUGAAGGAGACGCCCCAGCAGAAGUACCAGCGCUUGGUGAACGAGAUCCAGGAACUCACUCAGGAGGUGGAUACCAUCCAGUCUGCCAUUAAGGACACCAACGCAGAGGAGCGGCUGACCCCGGUGGUGCUCGCCCAGCACGCCGCCCAGCUCAAACAGCAGCUGGUUUCUGCCCAUCUCGACUCACUGCUCGGCCCAAAUGCACACAUCAAUCUGGCUGACCCCGAUGGAGCACUGGCCAGGCGUCUGCUCACCCAGCUGGAAGUGGCCAAGGGCCGCCGUGGCAGUGCUGCGGGGGACAGCAAGCCUUCAUCCGCCAAAGGCCAAGAGGGAGUGGUGCUCUACGAGCUGCACAGCAGGCCGGAGCAGGAGCGAUUCAAUGAAUCUGCCAAGAUGGCGGAACUGGAGAAGCGUCUCGCUGAGCUGGAGAUGGCUGUUGGCUCAGGAUCAGACAAGCAGGGACCUCUGAGUUCUGGCGUACAAGGAGCCAGUUUGAUGGCCACCAUAGAGCUCCUGCAGGCGCGGGUCAGCGCACUGGACUCUGCUACUCUGGAUCAAGUGGAGGCCAGACUGCAGAGCAUGUCCUCGAAGAUGAAUGAAAUCGCUAAACACAAGGCAGCGAUUGAGGACGCCGAGACGCAGAACAAGGUGUCGCAGCUUUAUGACGUGGUGCAGAAGUGGGAUGCCAUGUCCACCGCCGUACCUCAGGUGGUGCAGCGGCUUGUCGCUGUGAAGGAGUUGCACGAGCAAGCCAUGCAAUUUGGCCAGCUGUUGACCCACCUGGACACCACCCAGCAGAUGAUCAACAACUCCCUGAAGGACAAUAACACUCUGCUAACACAGGUCCAACACACGAUGAAGGAGAACCUGGGGGCUAUAGAAGAGAACUUUGCUGCACUAGAUGACCGGAUGAAGAAGUUCUCUAAAUAAGCGGUGGCAGACUUUGGACCGGUCCGGGAGACGAGUGUCAAACAUGGACAAAUGUGAGCUGGCAAGAGGUCAGAGGACGGAUUCUGGGUUUAUUAACUCUGUCCUUUCUGGCCCUCUCUCUCUCUCUCGUGCGCUCUUCUUUGUUUCUGCCUUUUUUUCACGAAGUGGAGUGUUAGAAAGAUGGAACAACAAACGCAAGGAGACUAAAUGUUCUUGUCCACCCUCCUUUCCUCUUACUUUCUCUUCCAUCAAAUGGAUACCAACUGAAAACACGUGUGUCCACUCUACUUGCCACUGAUUGCAGUCCCUUUGUUCAGCUUGUGGUGUUCUAGACUGGAUUGUUUUUAUUAGUAGUAUUAAACAUAAGAAUUUACUCCAUUCCUUUGAAACUUUGUACUUAAAUAGAUCACUGAAAUGUUAGAUUGAUGGAGCACGCAUUAAAGAUGUCGUCAACGGUUAAAAAAGACACCAAAAUCGAGAUCGGUUGUCUUCUCGAGCGUUUGUGCAAAGAGUCACGGAAGGAAAGCUUGUAAAUAUGCCUGUGUCCCUUAUUGUUACUUCACGCUCAGUCGCUUGUAACUAUAUUAUUAUGACUGAGACCGGACACCACAGACAAACUUGUAAUCUGCUUCGUCAUCGCCUACAAGUCAACUGUAUUGUACAUCUGUGGUCAUGGAAACGGAUCAAUAAAAGUUUGAUAAGCUU